AUGGCCAUCUCCAGUUCUUCUCCAAGUUCUGGAGACUGGUCAUCUUUGCCUUCUUUCAUAUCUUGCAGAAAAUCCCACAAAACACACAACCUCCAUUCCUUCUUUUCCAUUCCCAGAUGGACCAAUCUUCGAGCUAAUUUCCAAGUCAUCAACUCCUCUAGCUGCCCUUCUCCAAUUCUCGAAGAUCAAUCAUCGACCAACUUGUCACUCAUAGACCUGAAACUUCAACAACAUCAGACCCCGGAUGCCGGAAAGUUGAAUGAAUUCCUAUGUGAGCUGUUUCAAGAUCCAGAGAAGGAAGCAAUGGGGUAUGAACAGUAUGAGAAGGCCAAGAAGGUCGCAGAAUUCAGACCAAACAAGUCAACAUUGGAGCAUGUAACGAGGUAUUUGGUACGAUCCAAGAAAUGGGAUUCAAUUCUUUCGGUUUGUACUGAUUUCAAGACUUAUGAUUUGCUGCCUGAUAGAUAUACAUGUUCUAGAUUGGUUACUAGCUGCAUUAGAGCUAGGAAGUUCAAGGUUGUUAGGACUUUGCUUCAAGUGUUUAAGUCUGACGGCGAUGUUGCUCUGCCGGCCUUGGAUUCCGCAAUGAGAGGCUACAAUGAGCUUCAUAUGUAUAGAAGUACAAUGUCUGUGUUUGAAGAAAUGAUAUCUGCUGGAAUUGGACCGGAUUCCGGGUGUUAUUGUAGGAUAAUGGAAGCUUAUUUCAGAAAAGGUGACCAUAAAAAAGUUGUUGAGUUAUUUCAGGAUUUGAAAAGUAGGCAAUUAGAUUUGACACCAUUGUCAAUUCAGAUUCUAUGCCAAUCUUUAGCCAAAUUGGGGAAGCCUCUAGAAGCUCUAGAGAUUUUUCGAAGUGUGACAAAGGAAGGCGUUUCUUUAGACUCUUCAAAGAUAUAUUCUGUUUUGAUUAGUUCAUUUGCGAGCAUUCGAGAUGUGAAGGUGGCUGAAGAGCUAUUCAAAGAAGCAGAAACCAAGAAAAUGUUGAGGGAUCCGACGGUGUUUUUGAGACUGAUCACAAUGUAUGUUGAAGAAGGGUUGCUGGAUAUGACUCUUGAAGUAGUUAAGGCAAUGAAGGGUGCAAAUAUCAGAGUUUCGGAUAACAUAUGUUGCGCAGUUGUGAGUGGCUUCUCCCGGAAAAGCACGCUUCUGAAUGCAGUUAAAGUGUUUGAAGAUUUGAUCUUAAUGGGAUGUGAACCCGGGCAGGUAACAUACGCUUCAGUAAUCAAUGUGUAUUGUCGUCUUGGGCUUUAUUCUAAGGCUGAGAUGGUAUUUAGGGAGAUGGAAGAAAAAGGAUUUGAUAAAUGUGUGGUGGCGUAUUCAAGCAUGGUUGUUAUGUAUGGGAAGACAGGAAGGCCAAGAGAGGCAAUGAGGCUUGUCGCCAAGAUGAAAGAAAGAGGGUGUAAGCCAAAUGUGUGGAUCUACAAUUCUUUGAUGGAUAUGUAUGGAAGGGAUAAUAAUACGAGGCACGUUGCAAAGCUAUGGAGCGAAAUGAAGAGAAGGAAGGUUGCACCAGAUAAGGUGAGUUACACUACUGUUAUAGGUGCUUAUAACAAGGCAGGGGACUUUGAAAUGUGCCUGAGGUUUUACAAUGAGUAUAGGAUUCAUGGUGGUGUUUUGGAUAAGACCAUGGCUGCAAUGAUGGUUGGGGUUUUCUCCAAGAGUGGUCGAGUUGACGAGUUAGUGAAGCUUCUGCGAGAUAUGAAAGCAGAAGGAACAGGACUAGACGUGAGGCUUUAUCGGUCUGCCUUGAAUGCUUUGGCAGAUUCUGGUCUGGAAAUGCAGGUGAAAUGGUUGCAAAGUAGCUUUGAGGUGACAUAG